AGCAUGGCCUUCAACGGCAAGUAUGAGAUCGAGAGUGAGAAGAAUUACGACGAGUUCAUGAAGCGCCUUGGGCUCCCCAGCGAAGUCAUCGAAAAGGGCCGCAACUUCAAGAUCAUCACGGAGGUGCAGCAGGACAGGGAGAACUUCACCUGGUCCCAGCACUACUCCGGGGGCCAGUCCAUGACCAACAAGUUCACCAUUGGCAAGGAGAGCGACAUGGAGACCAUGGGGGGCAAGAAAUUCAAGGCCACUGUGCACAUGGAGGACGGGAAGAUAGUGGUGGACUUCCCCAACUAUCACCAGACCUCGGAGAUCGUGGACGGCAAGCUGGUGGAGAUCUCCACCAUCGGAGGCGUGACCUACGAGCGCGUGAGCAAGAGGCUGGCCUAA